AAACGCUGGACUAAUUUUUUAUUUUAAAUUCACAGCAUGGAUAAGCUCACAUUGGCUACAAGUAAAGCUGUUAAAAAUGCCAAAACUGAAGUGCAAAAGUGGGAACAGACUUGUGAUGCUUGCCAAGGUUACUUAUCAUCAUUAGAAAAUCUGUCGGAACAACUCAAAUGUUGUUCUGUAUCAAAAAUUGAAAAUACACCAUUAGGAAUGCAGUUUCCAAAUGUAAAAGAGAAGCUGAACCUAAAACUUUAUCAAGAAGUUGACAUAUGUUUAAACUGUAUGACAGAAAAACUUAUUACUUUAAAAACCUGUCAAAGAAACUUUCAAAAAUCUGCAGAAAAAUUUUGCCGGGAUGUUAAAGGAGCCAAUCCUGAAAAUUUAAAAUGGUCUGCUACCUCUCCAAGUCCCUCAGAUGUUUCGUUAUGGCUCUUUGAGCUUUCACAGCACAUGAACAUUCAAGUAGCUGAAAAACAAGCACUUCUAUGUUCUGUGCCACCAUUACAAGUUACAGAUGAUCCUUCAAAAAACAUUAAUACCUUUGUAAGGCAUUGGAAAAAGCAUGAAAAAUUACAAAAAUAUAUGGAUGAAAUAACAGAGUAUACAUCAAAUUAUACAUAGUUGAACAUAUGAUUUAGUGGCCUGUAAGUGCCAUUACUGUAAAUGUAAGAAAAAACAUUCGGACUGGGAUGUGAGAAGAACUUUUUUAUCAAAAAAAUGUCACACACCUUUUAAUAGCUUUCUUUCAUUGUACCUUUCAACUGUUUAUUUACAUUGUA